AUGCUCACGGUGCUCAUCUCUAGCGUGAUCAGGUGUAUAGACCCCUUAAAAAGUGAGGAAGCAAAAGAUCUUUUAUUGAAUGAGAUUGAACUUAACUGGGAAUUCCAAACCGAAACCAACAUACAGGCCAUUGAGUUGAAUCAACAUGUAGAAGAAGAUUAUUUUCUCUUUAUUGAAGAGUUAGUUUCUAAUCAACCUAAUGGUGAAGUGGAGCACGAUUUAGAAGUGUUGCUAGAAAAACGUAUUUGGACAAGACCGUGGAUUUUAAGAAGGAAAGAACGUGGAUCAUCUGCAUUACUUUUAGAAGAACUUCGCUGUGAAGAUAUAGGCGAGUUUAAGAGUAUUCUGAGAAUGUCGCCAGAUAUAUUCGAUAUCCUAUUAAGUUGUGUGGCUCCAAAAAUUCAACGUAUGAAUACUAUAAUGAGAGAGGCCAUACCAGCAAAAGUAAAGUUGGAGAUCACUUUAGAUUUUCUUUCGUCUGGCAUCAAUUACAGGAAACUCAGUCACUUUUACCGAGUUUCAAGAUCUUCAAUAUGUAAAUUUAUACCUGAAGUAUGUGUCGAAAUUUACAAGGCAUUAAAAGAAAACAUUAAGCUCCCGAUCAAUAACGAAGAAUGGGCGGAAAUAGAAAAUGGAUUUAAAAACAGAUGGAACUUUCCGCUAUGUUAUGGCGCCAUUGACGGAAAACAUAUACAAAUUGUAGCACCCGACAACAGUGGCAGCAUAUAUUUUAAUUACAAAAAAGUAUUCAGUAUUGUUCUUUUGGCAAUAGUAGAUGACGAUUAUUGUUUCCGAUAUAUUGAUGUCGGUGCAUGCGGAAUGGCAUCAGAUGGAAGUGUAUUUAGAAAUUGCUCUAUUUAUAAUAAACUAGAGAAUAAUCUUUUACCAAAUGGUGGAGUGAUUGUUGCCGAUGGUGCAUUUCCGUUAAAACCAUAUAUGAUGAAACCUUACCUUACCCAGGUGACAAUUUAA